GUGGCCCAAAACUCUCUCUGCAGAACCUCAAAACCCUCGAGUUUCAAGGGUUUUUGGGGAUUCCGGGGACUUUUCAGGUCUGGCAUUCUCCGUUUGAUUGAAUUCGAGGAGAAGAUGGUGCUGUCGAACAAGAAGCUGAAGCAGAAGAUUCGGGAAGAAUUGGCGGAGUCUCUAUCCGCCGAAGCUGCAGGACCCGUUUCGAAAUCCGACCGGAACUCGCAAUCCCAGUCUCUGAAAGAGCUCAUAGACUCCGCAAGCCACAAACCCAGGUUGUCGAAGAGGGAGAAACGAAGAAAAACCCAACCUUCUGUAGGAUCAGACGGGUCUAACACCGGAAUCGGCGAGAAGGAGGAGGUUGAAGUGGUGGGUGAUGCUGCAAAUGGUCAGAGAAGUCAAGAGACUGAUAAGAAGAAGAAGAGGAAGAAGAGGAAGAGAGACGAUACUGGGGCCAACGAGUUAGGAGAAGAAGGAAAAGGUAGUGUAGAUAAGGGAGCUGACGAAUUGAACAAGAAUAAAACGAAAGAAAAGAAGAAGACGAAGAAGAAGAAGCCGAAGAAAAAGAAGAAGAAGACAAACGAGACGCAGAAGGAGGCUGGUGAAAGCAAUGCAGAAAAGAAUGUUGCAAAGGAAGAACCGAAGAUAGAGCAGAUUCCAGUUGACACAGACUGUCAAGCAGAUGGGGUCGUUCCUAGGAAAUUGUAUGUUGGUGGAAUUCCUUAUCACUAUACAGAAGAUGAGAUCCGGAGCUACUUGAGAAAUUGCGGUGUCAUAACGAAUAUCGAUUGCAAGAUGCGUCCUGAGGAUGGCACAUUCAGUGGCAUUGCGUUCGUUACCUUUGAAACUGAAGAUGCCGCUAACCGAGCUUUAGCUCUCGACAGAGCCGCAAUGGGUGAUCGGUUUUUAACGAUACAGCAAUACGUGAAAACCCCGUCAAGAAGGAAAUCAGGUUUCAAUCCAGACAUGGUAGAUGGCUACAACAGAGUGUAUAUAGGGAAUUUACCAUGGGACACGACGGAGCGUGACAUAAGAAAGCUCUUCUCUGACUGUGUUAUAACAUCGCUGCGCUUGGGAAAGAACAAAGAGACAGGAGAGUUUAAAGGGUACGCACAUGUGGAUUUCAAGGACAAUGUAUCUAUGGCUAUGGCAUUAAAGCUGGAUCAACAGAUUGUUAGGGGAAGACCCGUCAAGAUCAGCUGUGCAGUUCCUAGAAAAGCGGGGAAUGCCGAUGAAGUUGAGAACGCGGAAGAGACUUAUGGAACUGAUUCGAUACCCGAGGAGGCUAUGGCUGGUGAAGCUUAUAACGCCGUUUUCACGAGUGAAACGGCGACUGUUAGUAGCGGCAAGAUCAGGAGGAGGACUUGCUAUGAGUGUGGAGAAAAGGGUCAUCUCUCUUCUGCUUGUCCGAAGCUGCAGCAAAAUGCCGAUCCGACAGAACCAGAUGCAACUUGAACACAAGGUUUUGAAACUUCGCUUGCGAGAGUGCAUGUCUUCUGUACUGUUUCUUUUCCUUUUGAUCUUAUGGAUCAUCAGACAUUCUCUUGAAUGAUGAGUUUAUUAUUGGAAUUAAAUAUUUAAAAAGAAAAUAAGAGCUGGAUCUGUUUUUUGUUU